AUGCCCAAAUCGAGCAUGCAACAAGAUGACGCCCAGCUGGCCGCCCUGGGCCACAAGGCGGAGCUGAACCGAAACUUCUCCAUGCUUUCCAUGCUUGGACUGGCCUUUGCCGUGCUAAAUUCUUGGACUGCACUAUCUGCGAGUCUCAGCGUGAGCUUGUCCUCUGGCGGCAGCACCAGCAUCGUCUGGGGUGAGCCACCCACACACACACCAAGACAGGCCAGCCAACCUUUACGAAUCAUCCAGACUAACAAUCUGAAAUCUUCAAGGCCUGGUAACUGCGGGGAUAUGCAACCUCUGUAUCGCGACAUCGUUGGCGGAGUUCCUAUCUGCAUAUCCAACGGAUACCAAGUCGCGAAUUGGCAGCAGUUCCUCAUCUACAUUGGCUUCACGCUCAUCGCGUUCCUCCUUAAUGCGUUUAUGAACUCUGUCCUGCCCAGGAUUUACAAGGGAGCGCUCUUCUGGUCACUGGGAGGAUUCGCCAUCGUGUCCAUCACAGCCCUGGCUUGCGCAUCGCCCAAUUACAAUUCCGGCAAAUUUGUCUUUACAGAAUUCAUCAACCAGACUGGAUGGCCUGAUGGCGUCGCUUGGCUUCUUGGACUUCUUCAGGGCGGGCUCGGCCUCACAGCUUUUGAUUCUGUUGCGCACAUGAUUGAGGAAAUCCCGCAGCCGUCGAAAAAAGGACCCAAGAUCAUGGUCGGCUGCAUCGGCAUCGGCAUCUUCACCGGCUUCGUCUUCCUCGUUGUCAUGCUCUUCGUCGCCGGCGACAUCCAGCAAGUCAUCACCUCCGGCGCCGGGCCCCUUCUUCAGAUCCUCAUCAACGCCACCAGCAACACCGCCGGCGCCAUCUGCCUGCUCAUGUUUCCGCUCGUGUGCCUGGCCUUUGCCACCAUAUCCGUCAUGACGACGAGCAGCCGGAUGAUAUUCGCGUUUGCGCGCGACGGCGGCCUCCCCGCCUCCAAGUUCCUGGCCCGGGUGCACCCCCAGCUGGGCCUGCCCCUCAACGCGCUGGUGCUCACCUCCGUUGUCGUCAUAAUCUUCGGCCUCAUCAACAUUGCCUCGACAAAUGCCUUCAACGCCAUCAUCUCCGCCGCCGUCGUCACCUUGGAUCUCUCGUACGCCAUGCCCAUCGCCGUCAAUUGCCUGCAGGGACGCAACACCUUGCCCGAUCGCGACUGGAAGCUGCCGACGUGGCUUGGAUGGACCUGCGACGUCAUCGCGCUGUCGUACAUUGCCAUCACCACUGUCCUCUUCGUAUUCCCGCCGGAACGACACGUCACUGGCAGCAACAUGAACUAUUGCAUCGUAGCGUUUGCCAUUAUCCUGGCCAUCUCGGUCUUCCAGUGGAUUGUCGAUGGGCGCAAGAACUACGCCGGGCCACGGAUCGACGUUGCCGUGGCGGGCAUGCCUAUAGUUUCCAAGGAGGAGGAGGAGACUGCGCAUGCGGUGGAGAACAAGCCUUGA